AUGGGCCUAUGCUUUUCGCGAAACGGCUGCUGUUUAUGCUUUGAUUUCGCGGUGGGUAGGAACUUGGUGGCUCAUCAUCAAUCUCCGGAGCCCGGUGGGAAAGCUCUGGUGGUGCGGCUCGCCUCGGCCUGUCUGCAGCUUCAGCUUUGUGUGGCCCUGUCGCGCAUUGGACGCCACGCGCCGGCGCUGUCAGAGGCCACACGUGCUAAGGAGGAGUUAGAUGACAUUUGGUCGUUAUUGACCGGAGCUGCUAUGGACAUGGCCAUGGCUGAAGCAGGAGGUGAUUCCAACAAACCGCAUCCAGUGCUGCGGUCGCACAUUUGCCAUCCCCCACACUGGCUGGAACGGGCCGUGUGUUGCGCCAUCCAGUCGCGCCUCUGUAUGGCCCUGGAAAUGGAAUAUCUCCUCAGCUCUGAUGAGAUGCAAAGUCAGCGCUCCACUGUGCUGCCGCCCAUUCCGGCGAUGGAAGCGAUGUCAUCGAUGGAACCGAUCUCGGCAGAAGCGCACGACCCGCACGACGCCGGGGAAGUAGGUGAUUCUUUGGAUCCAGGGCUCUUGGAGUUGGAGAAUGAGAGCCUGGACGAGAAAGCAGGUCUCAACGUGGGAUUGCCUUUGCCGCCGUUGUCGGAAAUGCAACAGAUGUGGCAACUCUACGGGGAGGCCAUAGAGUUGGCCUCGCAACUGCUCCCGGCGAAGCAUGCUUUGACCAUCGAUGCGCAGAAGGCGCGGCUCCGUGACCCUUGGCGAACGGGCGCCCUGGACCGCUGGUCACCGGCGUCACCGGGCACCACAGAGGCCACGGUGGCCACAACAGCCACGGCCACAGUGGAGCCUUCGGCGCCCGUCUCGUCCACGUCCACGCCAGCCAAGCGGAAAGGGUCGCUGCCAUCCCAAGAGGUUCCGAAAGCCAAGGACUCGCCGAAGUUGCCGGAGCUGGCACCACAGGAGGCGCAGGAUGACGAAUUUCUGUCGCGGUUGCCAUCCAUGUUGCUGUCCAAAAAUCGGAAGCUCCUCUUCAAUCGUAGCACCACUAUGCCGAGCCUAGGGCUGUCCAGCCGCGAGAAUGUCAUUUCAGCGGACGAGAAGAGCAAAACGCGUCGCAACACCGAUUCCAAUAGUCACGGUGACUGGGUGAAACGUGCCCCUCCCGGUGACGUCUUCUACCGAUCGUUGCCUUGGAGCUUUGGUUUGCCGGGCAAAUCCCCCAAGAACCGGCGAAAGAAGAAGAAGGCAGAUGCCAUGGCGACCCAAGCACACGAUGGUCCCAUCGACCCCUUCAAAGAUUGGGCCAAAGAGUUCAUGCACUUGGAGAACAUGACGCUCUUCCAGCGCAAGCUGAGGACCUUGGACGGCAUCAGCAGCCUUCAUACGGACAUGAAAAUCGAGACCAAGCGCUUUAGGCAGUUUAUGCAAGAUUUGGAACUCUAUGGUGGUGAGGAGCAGGAGCGCUUGGGAAACAAUCGGAUCCUCUACACCGAAGCUGGAAUGAAGGCCCUGCGGAUGGGGCAGCAGCGCAACGAGCAGCUGCGAAAACAGGCCUGGCAGACCUCACCCUAUGGGCAGAAGUUCAUUGAGACUUGGAUGAUGGCGGCUGGAAGACUGGGGAUGGCUGGGGAGGUUGAGAUGAAGUGUGGUGGAACAUGA